AUGUGAGUGGCCAUGGGCAGCCAGGGCAGCCCGGUGAAAAGCUACGACUACCUGCUGAAGUUCCUCCUGGUCGGAGACAGUGACGUGGGCAAAGGGGAGAUCCUGGACAGCCUGCAGGAUGGGUCUGCAGAGUCGCCGUACGCUUACAGUAGUGGUAUCGACUAUAAAACCACCACCAUUCUUCUGGAUGGCAGGAGAGUGAAGCUCGAGCUCUGGGACACUUCAGGACAGGGGAGGUUCUGCACCAUAUUCCGCUCGUAUUCCCGUGGAGCUCAGGGGAUCCUGCUGGUUUACGACAUCACUAAUCGGUGGUCCUUCGACGGCAUCGACAGGUGGAUCAGAGAGAUCGAUGAGCAUGCCCCAGGUGUUCCUCGGAUCCUCGUCGGGAACCGCCUCCACCUGGCCUUCAAGCGGCAGGUUCCCACAGAGCAGGCGAGGGCGUACGCCGAGAAGAACGGCAUGACCUUCUUCGAGGUUAGCCCGCUGUGCAACUUCAACGUCAUCGAGUCUUUCACGGAGCUGUCGCGCAUCGUCCUGAUGAGGCACGGCAUGGAGAAGUUCUGGAAGCCCAACAGAGUGUUCAGCCUCCAGGACCUCUGCUGCAGAGCCAUCGUGUCGUGCACGCCGGUCCACCUCAUCGACAAGCUGCCGCUGCCCGUCGCCAUCAAGUCGCACCUCAAGUCCUUCUCCAUGGCCAACGGCAUGAACGCCGUCAUGAUGCACGGACGCUCCUAUUCGCUGGCCAACCCGGCCGGCGGCUCCAAGGGCAACAGCCUGAAGCGCUCCAAGUCCAUCCGUCCGCCGCAGAGUCCGCCGCAGAACUGCACCCGCAACAACUGCAAGAUCUCCUAACUGCUGGCGGCGGUCGUGAGAUCAGGACGCCGGCCGGAGGAGAAUCCCUGAACCUGAAGAGCUGAAGAGCAGGAAUGAUGGAUGACGGGACGGACGCCUUCACGGGUGGAACAGAACUUUCCAGGUGAGGAGGCUCGAACGGCGCCGCGGGAUGUCGGAGAGCCGAAACUCUCCGAGCUGAUCCUCACUACACGCUUCUGCUAGAAACACUCGAGCUGCCGGAGCGUCGACUACAUGUACAGAAACCUUCACCACGUUUAGUUACUCCACAUACGUGAUGCACGACGCCUGCCGUGACACCUCAAACUCUCACUCUUCUUUCUUUCUUCUCUGUUUUUUUUCUCUCCGUUUAUUUGCUGACCAAUAAGCUAAUGAACAAAAACACUAGUAACCGGUGGGCCGGCGGUUUUAUUCCACCUUAAAGUUCCCAGAGAUGCUGCUGAGUCCAGUCUUGUCCGUGUGCCUUGAGUCCAAGUCUGAACUUUUCUUUCUUCCUUUUACGCUGCAUUUUUAAUAAACAGAGUUCUCGCUUGAAGCCCGACAGUAACCACGAAUCACAAAAAUCCAUUUUAUGUUGUUGUUGUUCUGCAGAGCCUCCCGCUUAGACGGGGGAGCUGGCGAUGCUUGUUGCCGUGGAGACCGUGCAAAAAUAGUCAGCCUAUUUAAGGCGCCUCCAUCUUUUAUGAACUUUUUUUUCCUUUUUCUUUUCUGCAAAGUGGGAAACAAAACUCUGACAAAUUCGACCGCAGAGCUGCUCAGAGGCGAAUCAGGAAUCACAUGUGGCGGUUGUUACAAAGAAAAAGCUCCCGGUGUGGAAUAGUUUUCAACAUAACCGUCAGUUAAAACACAAACGGAGAAUCUGGGAUCUAAAUGUGGCUCAUAAAUACAUAGUUUCAUUAUUUUGAACCAACAAACAGGGUGGAAAUGUGUUUUCAGCAACAGAUUCAUCCUCAUUCGGUGCUGCAGUAUUCCAUAAAAUGUAGAUUUAUCCUUUUAAAUAAACAUGUUUGUUUGGAUAAAUAAGUGAUGCAGCUUCUGGGAUUUGUAGUCCAGAGAUUUUUAUUCUUCUUCUUUCUCGUUUCACCUUCCUGCUGAGCGCUUAGAGAUGCUUUCAGUUUUCACACUUCACCUGUCAAACACAUCAGAAACAUCUUUUUUUUUUGUCAAAAUGAGGCAUUCUCCCUCCAGACUCCCCCACAGACCUGUGUGCAGCAGCAUUAUAAUUAAAAACAAAUGUUAAAAAUCAGUUUAUCCAUCGACAGAAAACCAAUCUUCAUUAAUUUUCCUAAUUUAUUUAACGUUAGGACCCCAAUGAACAGUUUCAGGGUGUUUUUUUUCCCGUUCUUGUCACAUUCUUACUCACUGUGGCUCGUUUUUCACUGCAAUACAAUCAAAAAUAAUCACAAUUUCUUGCAUUGAAUUUAAAUUUUCCAAGCAUGCCCAGCUGUCACCAACACUGGAAAUAUAAUCAGAAGCUCCACAUACUAUGGAUAUUUAACUAUUUACAUUUUUACAGCUUCUACCAACAUUUUUAACAGUUUCACCAUGCUGAAUGUAUCUUCCAACAACCUGCUCCUCUGUUCACUGUUUCUGAGCCAUGCUGCAUUUAUUUUAUUGAUCCGGUAGCUUUGAUCUUCCUCUCUGCUCUGCCUGCAGUUCAACCUGUAAACUGAAUUUUUAUCACGUGACAGUUGGUCGUAGUUAUGGCUUCCCAGUUGUGCAGAAAAUCGCUGAAUUUUUAGUUUUUUUACACUAUUUUAUUACAGCAAACUGUUUAUUUUGGGUGAAUUUUUGAGUGAUUUUUUUUAAAAUCAAUUUUAAGCAGAGAUUUGGUUGAUUUUCCAAACUGAACCAUACAUCGCACACGAUUAGUUGAAGAAUGUGACAAUUUUUUAAUGUUUUUACAGUUUCUUGCCAACAAAUUUUGUCAUUUUGGCUCAUUAUUUUUAAGGUAACUUUUGAGUUUUGGGCUUCAGAAAGCGAAAAGGAAAAUGUAUUUGCUGGCAUCCCUGUUGUGUUUUUGGCUAUUUUUGUAUUUUUGACUGUUUUAGGUUUUUGAACUGGACAUUUUUAACUCUUUAAUGACUGAAAAUGAUUGUUAAUGUCAUUAUUUGCAGCUCUAAACUGAACAUGUAGAAUAGAGAGAAGCUAGUUGUUUAAUUUAUUGCAUGAAAGCUGGUCAUGAUUCGAGUCUCAGUCGACUACAGCUGCUGAUCCUUAAGACAUGAGGUGAAUAUUUUGGUUCCAUUUUCACCAUUUGUGCCAAAAUCACCACCGCGUUCAUCUUCUUUUUCCUGCUGUGUUUUUAUUUCGGUGAAGGUCUGCAGGGCGUGGACAGAAACCAGUCAGAGCAGCUGGACUGGUGUUAAGGUGGAAUAUUCCCAGUAUUGAUAGUAAACACUGACCCAUAUUUACCAGUCCUCUCUGAGCGGCUCCACUUCUGCAGGUUUCAGCCUUUUAAUGCGUCAACACAGAAAGUGUUCUCAAUCUACAGAGGGUUUUUCUAGCUUUUGGGGCGAGUAAAAUAAAAUAUUUCAUGAUUUGUGUUACUGUAAAGCUUCGCAGUGUUGAGCUGGACAAUUUUUGACAGAUUUAUAGAGAAUUUAUUGCGAAUGACUUCCAUUUUUUGGGUGAUUAUUAGAUGGAUUUUCAAGCAUAAAUGCUGCUAAAUUACAUUUUAUGGUAGUAAAUGGAGCAUUUUCUCACAAAAAAGUGAAAAUCUGUAAUGCAGUCGGGAAAAUGUCCGUUCAGAGUGGCUAAUUUUUGUUUUUCCUUUCAGAAAGACUGAAAAGAAAAAGUAAAUUUAUGUGAAUGUGAAGUUAAAACUCUUUAAUAUGCUUAAUAUGCUUUAAUAUGCAAUGUUUUGCUCAGCGGAAGGUGGAGAGUAAAAAGUUGAAUAAACACAUUAAUCAGGAAUACGAAAGUUACAAUAUUUGCUGAACAGUUGUGUGGAAACACAAACUUGUCAGGUGACGAAAUAACGUGAAACGUCCACAAUUUGCUAAUUUAACUCCAUCGGAAUAAAGUAAAUAUUUACAGUAAAGUGCUAAAAUCUUGGGAAAUAAAUGACAUGACUUGGUGUUUUAAUGUGUUUUUACGCACAUUUUGAAAAACCGCACCAGAAAAAGUUCUUCUUCUACAGUUUAUUACAGCUAACAAAGCUACAGCGCCCCCUUCUGCUGAGUUAAAUUUCUUCAACACAGUUCAUGGAAGCUACUUUUUUAAACAUUUCGAAUGUUUGCUUCAUAUUUGCUUGACGUUGAAACCUGUCUUGUUAGGUGCCAGAACAACAGAAUUUGAUGAUUUAACUUGUAAAUAUUUUCAACAAUUUGCUAAAAUCUUCCAGACAAAAAAUGGGACGUCUUCCACCUCAUUUGGUGCUGUAAAAAAUUUUUACGCACGUUUUUAAAACUUGCAUCAGAAAAAGUUGUGAAAGCAGUAAAAUUCUUCUUCGACUGCCUUUUUUUUUUUUUUACAGCAAACCAAGCUACAGCGCCCCCUUCUGAUGAGUUUAAUUUCAUUUUCAACAAUUUGAACAUUUGCCUCAAAUUUGUUUGACAUUUACACUAAAACACAUCUUGUUUGGUGCCAGAAAAACGGAAUAAAACCUGUAAUUUGCUCAUAUUACUCCAAUGGAUUAAAUAUUUGCAACAGGAAGCUGAAUUUUGCCAGCUAAACAAAAUUGAGUUGACCGUCUCGCUUGAUUUUUUUUUUUUUUUUUUUUUAACUUUCGUGAGCGAAUUAGUUCAGUUAGCGUCAUUUCAAUCUGUCUCCUGCUGGUUGAAAAUGAAUUCAAAGCUGUGAAAAUCCUCAUUUAGAUCCCAGAGCGGCCAAAAAUAGCAGAUAUGUGGAGCUGAAGGUCUUUUAAAUUUACGCAAAUUAAAUACAACCGAAGUAGAUUUUUAUUGUGACGCCAUAGUUCUGCUAUGAAUUGAUGAACAAUGUUGGAUUUUCUGAGCAGAGAGAAUCUAAUAUGGACAAACUAGUGCUUCAUAAAUGAAGAUAUAUGAGGAGAAAAACGUUAUUUUGCGUUAAAAAAAAUCAUUUUUCCUGGAUUUAAUCACGCAGCUGCUUUAGUUUAAAGAUGCAGACUUUAAUUUAAAAACCUAAAAAAACACAUUUCGAUGACUUUAAUUGGAAUUCCACCCUCAAGACUCAUUUAUUUUUAUCGUUUUUGCCGAUUUAACGUGAUUUCCUUCAACAUAUAUCUUAAUCACAUGAGAGAGACAGAAUGUGUUUGUCUCCAGACGAUACGAUUCGGUCGACGUCAGGAGGAAUCGAUUAAAGCGAUCAUGAGCCUCCUGUUUCUCCUUCGCUGUGCCGCAUUCGAGUGCGUCGGGACAAAUGGCGAUCACUCGUGCGGAAACGACUUCUGACACGUGAACUCUUCCGAGCGGCUGGAUUUCCCGCGGGACGGAAUGCAGCAUCUUCAGCUGUGAUCCGCCUCCGCCUGCCGUCCCAUGAUUCAUAGCUGCUGAAUAAUAGAUGCUCCUCGCUGCUCUUCCAUCCUUCGUUUCUCCUCCGCCGUUCCAUAGAAACACCUUCGUAAACACUUUCAGCUCCAUGUUUCUGUUUGUUUUCAUGUUGCUGGACUCGUUCUUUUUAUCUAAACAUGUUUUGACUGAUUUUAGUUCAGAUUUCUGUCACAUUUCUGCAGCUCAAACCGAACACACCCGUUUUCACUCAUUUUAGUCACUUUAAUGCAAUUUCAAUUUUCUGCAACAUUUUGUCUUUUGAGCCCCUAAAACUAAAAUAUCUUCUGUUUUCUCGAAUAAAUUAACUUUUAGGGUCCUAAAGAGAAAAUGAUUGAGUUACAGAAGCUCUUAAAACAUAAAUAUCUGCUAUUUUCUAUCAAUGGUUGUUUCAUUUUAAUCAUUUUUAUUCAAAUAAAACUACUUUUAGGAGGCUAAAGAGCAAAAUUCUGCUCUUGUUUACUUUAUAAAGUAGAAUUUUGCAUUGCAGAAUCAAAUUGUCAGUUCAAAUGUUCAGUUCUGUAAUCCUUUAAAACACCACAACCACAACCUGUUAUUUCAGUUAUUUAUACUCAAAACAACUUUUAGGGUCCUGAAGAGAAAACUUUGCAGUUAUUUACUUAAAAAAAUAGAAUUUUGCAUUGCAGGAUCAGAUGCUCUCUGUGAUUUUGUGACAACUUAAAUACCAGAUUUUUUUCUUCUUUCUCUCAUUUCAGUUCAUCUCCUGCUGGUUUAAAAUUUGUUCACAUCUGCAAAAGUCCUCCUGCAGAUCCCAAAGUUUCCUAAAAUCACAGACAUCUACGUCUAAAAUAUUUAAUUUGGCUGCACAGUUUGGGUUUUGAAACUGACAAAAACGUGCAAGAAAGAUGUGAAGAAGUAUCGAUGAGAAAAGGCAGCGCUUCACGUUUAUUAGUUUUCUGUUGAUUUCAUGAAUUAGAAUUUGAUUUAAUCAACUUUGAAUCUCGUUCAGAGGUCGACUUUUAUACGUUUUUUUAUGCUUUUGUUUAUUUUUUUUCUCAGAAAGCGAUUCCAGAGCCUCAAAUUAGGAACCUUUAGUCGUGGUUUUACUGUCGGUGCAGCUUUUUAUGAGUUUUUUUUUAGAGAUUUAGAAGCAGCUCCAUCAUUUCAGUGUUUAAGGAAAACUUUUUGCAAACAUUUUUAGAUUUUUUUUCCCCUGAUGUGACUUUUAUCAACAUUUUCAGCCUCCCUUGGUGUAAAAAUGCUCCUUGGUGUCAUGUCGUAGCUUCGUUUUUUUAAUUUUUUACCCACUUUGAGCCAAGUUUCUAUUUUAAAAUCCGUUAAAAAGCCGUUUUCAGAGGAUUGUUGGAAGCUUGGACUCAGGACCGCGGCAGGGCUGCCCUCUGAGGCCGCCGGACGAAAAGGAAAAACCUGUAAAACACUAUUAUGUUGUGUGAGUGUGUGUGUGUGUGUGUGUGUGUGAGAGAGAGAGAGUGACGUUCUUCAAACACAAACCUGAACAUUUUUCCUUUAUUUUUGUUUGUUUUUUUAAAUUAUUGAUUGUACAGUUCAAGGCGACGUGUAUGAAGAGACUUUUUCACAAUAAAAAUAUUGAAUGUUGGAGUCGA